AUGGCGAUAGCAAAGGCGACGAAGACCAAGGCCUACUUCAAGAGAUACCAAGUCAAAUACCGCAGAAGGAGAGCGGGAAAGACUGACUACCGCGCGCGCCUGCGCCUGGUGACCCAGGACAAGAACAAGUACAACACCCCCAAGUACCGCUUCGUUGUCCGCUUCACGCGCAAGGACAUCAUCACGCAGGUCACCUAUGCCACCAUGGCGGGAGACGUCGUCGUGUGCGCCGCCUACGCGCACGAGCUGCCCCGCUACGGUCUCAAGGCCGGCCUCACCAACUACGCCGCUGCGUACUGCACGGGGCUGCUGUGCGCGCGCAGGAUGCUGCAGAAGUUCGGCAUGGACAAGGACUACGAGGGCAACACCGAGGUGACGGGCGAGGACUACAACGUGGAGCAGGGCGAGGGCCGUGCCCCCUUCAAGGCGCUGCUGGACGUGGGCCUCGUGCGCACCACCACGGGCAACCGCGUCUUCGGCGCCCUCAAGGGAGCGUGCGACGGCGGCAUGGAGAUCCCGCACAGCGACAAGCGCUUCCCCGGGUUCAUGAACGACGGCAAGGGCGGGUCCGCCAGCCUGGACGCGGAGGUGCACCGCAAGUACAUCUUCGGCGGACACGUCGGCGAGUACAUGGAGAUGCUGGAGGAGGAGGAGCCGGAGAAGUACCAGUCGCACUUCGCCAAGUUCCUGGCGGAGGGAGUGGACGCGAGUGGGCUGGAAGAGAUGUACAAGGCCGUGCACGCUGCCAUCCGUGCCGACCCCGCCGCCAAGCUCACCGAGAAGAAGCCACCUGCUGAGAAGCGCAGCUGGAAGAUGAAGAAGCUGACGUACGAGCAGAGGAAGGCCAACCUGGUGCAGCGCCUCGAGGCAUUCAACAAGGGCGAUGAGGAUAUCCAGCCCCCUUGUUACCAGCGAUCCUGCUGCUGCUCGUCCGACCCUACUCCUCGUACGCCCGCUCCUCCAAUCGCCAUCCCAGUCCGCUGCGCCGUUACACGUACCGCUAGCUACCAGCAGCGCCACCACCACCAGAAGCCGCAGGCGCAGCAGCAGCGGCAGCGGCGCGGCAUGGCGGCGGCAGCGGAGGACGCGUUGAAGCUGUUCGUGGGGCAGGUGCCCAAGACCUUCACCGCCGACGACCUCACGCAAGUGCUCGCCGAGGCGGGCACGGUCUGUGACGUCACUAUCGUCAAGGAUCGCGUCACCAAGGAGUCGCGCGGGUGCGCGUUCGUCCUGUACUCGACGCGCGCGGAGGCGGACGCUGCCAUCGCGCUGUUCCACAACAACCGCAAGCUGCCGGGGGCGAAGACGGCGAUGCAAGUGAAGUACGCCGACGGCCAGGAGCACAAAAUAGAGAACAAGCUAUUCGUGGGCAUGCUACCCAGGGCGGUGACAGCGGAGCAGCUGAAGGCAGUGUUCUCACAGUAUGGCACGGUCAUUGACAUCAACGUGCUCAAGCCCGCUCCCCACAUCACCCGAGGGUCGGCGUUUGUGAAGUUCCAGUCGUAUGCGCAGGCACAGGCCGCCAUUGACGCUCUCAACGGCAAGCACCGCCUCGAGGAGGGCGGAGCACCGAUGGCAGUGAGGUGGGCGGACACGGACAAGGAGAAGAUGGCGCGCAAGGCGCACCGCAUGGCCGCGCCCGCACCCGCCACUGCCGCUGCACUGGGCAUGGGCCCGUCGCCCCCCGGGCUCUACUCCUCGCCCCUCAUGGGGUCCGCGCCUGGCGCUGCCUUCUUCCUGCCGCCCUCCUCUGCCCCGUCUCUGUACGGCUCUCCCAUGCAGCCGCAGCUGCAGCAGCAGUACGGGGGCAUGGACUUGGCAUCGCUGUACCAGCAGCCUGCACCCGCCAUGCCGCAACCCCAGCCACACGACAUGUACGCCAUGGCACCGCCUGCCGCCCAAUCCUACCACACGGACGGCGCAACAGCGGGCAUGGCAGGAGGAGGAGGAGGGGGAGGAGGAGGCGGGGGGCCAGUGGGGGGCUAUCAGCUGGGCGCGGUGCCGUCAGCGACAGCCGUGGCGGCUGCUGUGAGGCAGGCCCUGGCUCAGAAGGAAGGUCCCCCCGGAGCCAACAUAUUUGUGUACAACAUACCUCCGGAGUGGCGUGACCACGACCUCACCACGGCGUUUGUGGAGUUUGGCAACGUGCUGUCGGCACGUGUCUUCAUUGACAAGAACACCGGCCUCAGCAAGAACUUCGGGUUUGUGAGCUACGAUGCAGCGGAGGCAGCGCAGGCAGCGAUAGCGGUGAUGGACGGGUUCCUGGUGGGGGGCGGCACCUCAAGGUCUCCGUCAAGAAGGGCCAGCAGGCUUCUGCGCCCGGCCACGCCUCCGCUCCCUACUGACCGCCGCCGUGCUGCCGUGCUUCGCCUGCUGCCCUGCGCCAUGUGCUCGUUUGCGUGCCGCCUGUCAGUGGUUGCUGCUGCAACUGUCUCUGCAUCACUACUUCUGCAUGCGCUUGCCCUUGCAUGCUGUCUCCCUGUUUUAUGGCUGGAUGUGGAGUUUGUCAGCAACCAGUUACUGUUACACCCACAAGUGCUUCGUGCUCUCAUUCCUCACUGUUCCAGUUAG